UCUCUCUCUCCCUCCAUCAUUUAUGUUCGCUCUUUCUUUCCGCUGCUCAUUUGCUCCGCGUUUUCGAUCACUCCUUCCGUUCUCAACCACAGAUCUGCGGCGUUCAGUCCAGUCAAGCAGCAUGAAUUGAACGCUUCUAGAUGACCAUCCGAGCGCGUAAAGCGUUUCCAUUCACCACAACUGUUCCGCUGUCAUCCAGCGCGCUCCGCUUGGGCUUCUUCCCGGAGAAGAAAGAGAGAGACUCUUGAUUUUUGUUUUUAUUUUUGCGCUGCUUUGGGUGUAAAUGUUGAAGCUUGGAUGGCUGGAGCUCAACCUGGCGUUCAUGCGCUUCAACUCAAGCCGGUGCGCGUGUCCGAGAGUCUGAAGCGAGGCAGUAGAUUUAUGAAAUGGGAUGAGGAUUCAUCUACGGUGACUCCAGUGACGUUGCGCGUCGAUCCGCAGGGAUACUUCCUGUACUGGACAGAUCAGAAUAAGGAAACAGAUCUAUUGGACAUCACCUACAUCAAAGAUGCAAGAACGGGGAAAUGCACCAAAACUCCAAAGGAGGCGAAGCUGCGGGAGCUGCUGGAUGUGGGGAAUCUGGUGGGCCGGAUAGAGAACCGGAUGCUGACGGUGGUGACGGGGCCAGACAUGGUCAACAUCCAGUACCUCAACUUCAUGGCUUUCCAAGAAGACGUCGCCAAGGAGUGGGCAGAUGAGCUCUUCAGUCUGGCGUCUAACCUGCUCGCUCAGAACAUGGGCCGAGAGUCCUGUCUGGAGAAAGCCUUCACGAGACUCAAGCUGCAGACGAAUCAAGAGGGUCGUAUCCCAGUGAAAAACAUAUUCCGCAUGUUCUCGACUGACCGGAAGCGCGUGGAGACGGCGCUGGAGAGCUGCAAUCUUCCGGCCGGACGGAGCGACUCCGUCCCUUUGGAGGAUUUGAUGCCUGACGUUUACAAAUCAUUCAUCAACAACCUCUGCCCGCGAUCUGAGAUCAACCAAAUAUUUGCUGAUCUCGGCGCGAAGAGCCGAAGCUAUCUGACGGUGGAUCAGAUGACAGAAUUCAUCAACAACAAGCAGCGGGACCCGCGUCUGAACGAGAUCCUGUACCCACCGCUCAAACCCGAACAAACCCAGCUGCUCAUGGAGAAGUUUGAGCCCAGCGCAGCGGGGAUUCAGAAGGGGCAGAUCUCAGUGGAAGGCUUUGCCAGAUAUCUGAUCAGUGAGGAGAACAGCGUCAUUCCUCCAGAAAAACUGGACCAGAGUGAAGACAUGAGCUUCCCUCUCUCUCAUUACUUCAUCAACUCGUCCCACAACACCUACCUCACAGCGGGGCAGCUCGCGGGGAGCUCCUCUGUAGAGAUGUACCGGCAGACGCUGCUGUCUGGCUGUCGCUGUGUGGAGCUGGACUGCUGGAAAGGCCGGACGGCGGAGGAGGAACCCGUCAUCACACACGGCUUCACCAUGACCUCAGAAAUCUCCUUCAAGGAAGUAAUUGAAGCCAUAGCAGAGUGUGCUUUUAAGACGUCUCCGUUCCCUGUCAUCCUGUCCUUUGAGAAUCAUGUGGACUCCCCCAAACAGCAAGCCAAAAUGGCAGAAUAUUGCCGAUCGAUAUUCGGGGACGCUCUUUUGACUGAGACUCUGGAGAAAUAUCCUCUUGAGUCCGGCGUUCCUCUGCCAAGCCCUCAUGAGCUCGUGGGAAAGAUCCUGAUCAAGAACAAGAAAUCUCACCCCAAACCCUCAGACGGCAGCACCAAGAAGAAGCUGUCCGAGCAGGCGUCCAACACUAACAGCGACUCGUCCAGUGUCUUUGAGCCGUCGUCUCCCAGCGCUGGACCCGCAGCGCCUGCAGAGGUGGAGGCUGAGGAUGAUGAGGAUGAAGAUGAUGAUGAUGAUGACUGUAAGGCUCUGGCUGACGAGGGUACAGCAGGAUGUGAAGCCUUUGCCACUGAAGAAAUGUCACACGCGCGCUCUGUCAAACCUACCAUCCCAGUCCCACUGACUACAUCCAGCCCACCAAGUUCCACUCGUUUGAGAUUUCCAAGAUGGUCUGACUUUGUUAGUGAGAUGUCGUCGUUCGUGGAGAAAAGAGCUGUGGCAUCUUAUCAAGAAGACAGGAGUGACACGCGUGGAUUCCUCCAACUACAUGCCGCAGGUCUUCUGGAACGCAGGCUGUCCAGCUCGUUUUCGCACUUCAACUUUCAGACCAUCGAUCAUAUCAGGACAUUUUUGACUGACAAGACAGGUGGGCGUUUUAUGUGGAGAUUGAUCAUGUUUGGACUUCCCGUUGACACGGAGACGAACAGCUUUCAGGACCCAAGAACCCAGAGCACCGCCAUCAACCCUGUGUGGGACGAGGAGCCCACUCGUUCUUCAACCAACGAGUGA